AUGUCCCCGCCAACACUCCCAGACGGCGAGCCGCCAGUGUGCUUGAUUCUCGGAGGAACGACAACAGUCGGACGAGCGUUGGCGAACUACCUCCUCCGCGGCGACAACCCCAAGGCGACACCCGCGACGACGUACAUCGACUCGGAGUCGAUGCAGCUCGCGAUGAGUCCCGGCUGGAACUGCCAGUACAUCCAGAUCAACCUUGGCAACACGGCGCGGCACGACGAGAUCUUCACCCCUCCCACAGAGUGGCAGGGCGUGAAGCGAGACUGGAAGCGCUUCGACUAUGUCUUUGACUUUUCCGGAGAGACGGGCUUCGACAAGGCCGAGCUGCUGCAAAUCUCGAAUACAUACCAGACCGCGCUGUCGCUGGCGACGAGUGCGGCCAACCUCCCAGAUGAGCAGAAACCGCUCGCGUGGGUGCGUCUGCACCAGCCAUUCUACGAGAUGAAGUCGUCGAGCUCAUCACACGGACACACUGAGGCCGACAAGUUGAAGCCGGACGGAAACCGCGGACGAUGGUGGCACGAGGCGCUGCGCGGUAUCGCCGCGAUCCCAGGAUUGAACACGGGCAUCAUCCGUUGUGCGGCGUGGUACGGGCCGGGAACGUGGGACUUUGAGGUCGUGCCGCGACUCGUUGCGGGACACGUUUACAAGUAUCUUGGCGACCUGCGGAUCAACACGGUGCACGCGCAGGACAUUUCGCAGGCGAUGCACCUGAUGGGACUGUGGCUGGCGCAGAACCCGCGAGAAGUCGUUCUUAAGGAGGCCGGCGUCGAGCUCGAGUUCCCCUUCAGCCCGCAGCCGGAGGGCAAGUCGACGUUCAACUCGAUCUUCCACGGCAAGGACAAGAAGAACAAGCGGCCCUCGUCUCUGACAGACACGUGGAAGACGAUCCCGACCGUGCUGCCAGAGGGCGAGCGGCCGCGCAUCCCGCUGUUCAACGUGACGGACGACUCGGACUCGACGCAGGAGUCCCUCGGCAAGCUCAUCGCGCAGCUGUGGGACAUCAAGAUCGGGUUCCUGAACAGCACCGUCGUCAGCCUCGUUGAGAAGUUCUCCAAGGUCGACUUUAACGAGAUGAUCGAGGACGUGAACGAGAAGCACGUCGAGGCCUGGUCGCAGAUGCUCCUCAACUGCGACCCGCCAAUCCACUCCACGCCCCUCUCGCCGUACCUCGACCCGCACAGCUUUAGGACAGAAAUGCCCAUCCACCUGAACGGGUCCAAAAUCAAGGCCGUGCUGGGCUUCAAGCCCGAGUUCCCGAAAGUCGAGCUCGAGGAGCUGCAGCACAUUGUCCAGGUGUUCCAGCGAGAUUGCAUUUGGCCCAAGGACUAG